AUGACCGUUACAGCAUUCCCAACAGAUGGUUCUCCAGACCUCGCCCUUCUCAAUGUCGCCCGUUUAUUCACGCGCCUCGAAAACAACCUCCUCUCACCAGGCACAGACCGGCGCUCCCUCCAACAAUCCGAAUACCAGCGCAUGCGCAUAAACAAGAACGUGGAAUACGCCCGCACCCUCCUAACCCAACUGGAACGCGCCCUCCCGCAACUCAAACCCCUCGACCGCAAACACGAAGCACAAGCCGAGAUCGCGCGCGAUAGACAACUCCUCAAGCGGAUCCAAUCGAUUCUCGACGAAGAGGAUGCCAAGGCACAGGUGAAGCAGGAGGAUGAGGAAGACGACGAAGAAAAUCAAGACGGCGAGGAUGAAUGGAAGGAGCUAUUCUCCAAGCCUAUAUCCAAAGAGAAAGUUAUCGCCUCUACUUCCCCACAUACCAGGAAUCAACCCGCACCGAUUCGAACGACUGAACCGCAAUGGGAUGAGAUGGAUGAAGGCAGUUCAACAACGACGACGUCGUUAGAUAUGUCCGGUCCGAGUAUUACACUUACGGAGGCGACGCCGACGUCUGCGACUGCGUCGUCUCAACUUCCUACUCUGCGGAAUCGGCAUACGAAUACUCCAUCUGCAACACCGACCUCUACAUCUUCGUCUACGUCUGAAAAACCAACUGCUACAACAACCAGCAGCAAUACCAAUACCCAAUCGAAACCAGCAACCGAAAAAGAACUCAGUACCCAUCGAAUGGAACAAGAGGAUUUAACCAGUUCCCUGUUAACGCUAGCCUCACAACUCAAGUCCUCGUCGAAGACUUUCCAGUCUACACUUGAAGGCGAGAAAUCCGCGCUUGACCGCGCUGUUUCUGGGAUUGAUCGGACGAGUACGACUAUGGAGGCUGCUGGGAAGAGGAUGGGGCUGUUGAGGAAGAUGACGGAGGGAAAGGGUUGGUGGGGACGGAUGAUGCUUUAUGCUUGGAUUUUUGGGUUGUGGGUUGUUGCUAUUUUGAUUGUUUUUGUUGGGCCUAAGUUGAGGUUUUAG